AGCUAUCAUUUCCACACCACCUUGCGGUAGAUAGCACGGCGCAUUUUUUUAAGUGGUAUCCCCAAUAGGUCUAAUCCACUUUGCAUUAAAAUAUAAGACUAUUCUUAUAGUUUAAUGCAAAAACUGUUCGAAGUGCCUUCCUCGUUCUCGUAUACAGAGUUCGGCCCUUCGAGUAAUGUUGCGCGUUGCGCGGUACGCCAUUUCCGGCGUGAUGGUAUUGAAAGCUGCGAAAAUUUCUUCUCGUACCUCAGCUUCUGUACCACCACGCCUGUGCUCGAUUAAACCUUUGAUGUAACCCCAAACGAAAUAGUCGAGUACGUUAAGAUCCGGCGACCGCGCCGGCCAAAUGAUUGGGCCACCUCGACCCAUCCAUCUGUCCGGAUAUCGCGCGUUUAAAACCUCACGUGCCUGUCGCGAAAAAUGCGCAGGAGCCCCAUCGUGUUGAAAAAUGAGCUCUUCUCGUUCGCGAAGGGGGAUAUCUUCGAGAAGGCCGAGCAACUCAUUUUCUAGGAAGUGCGCGUAGAUUUGCCCGUUUAAGCGUGCCGGGAGAAUAUAGGGACCAAUCUGAAAAUCGCCGAAAAAGUGAUUUUAAAAAACUGCGAGAGAAAUAGAGAUAGAAUUUCUUAAUUCAUAAACUUAUUACUUACAAUUCGAUUUGCUUUUACUCCUGCCCAAACAUUUAUCGACCAGCGAUGUUGAAACGCGCCUUCGCGUAUGGCGUGCGGAUUUUCAUCUCCCCAUAAUAAAAAAUUAUGGGAAUUGAAUAUCCCGUUCGGAGUGAACGUCGCUUCAUCCGUCCACAGAAUGCGAUCGGGGAAAAGUGCAUUCCGCCGACACUGCGCCAGUAAUCCUGUGUAUUUCGCCGAGAAUUAUUACUUGUUAAAAGCAACAUAAACAUUAAAUAAAGAUAAUAAGAAUACCUUCACAAUAAUAGAUGCGCUGCUCUUCAUCUCCCGCAAUAAGUUGCUACACCCGCUGAUAAUGAAACGAGUGCAAUCAGUUCUGGCGUACAACAUGAUGCACGGUGCAUCGGGAGAGACCUAGCGUACGAGCGACACAACGCUAUGCCCGGGGUUCUCCUCGAAUGCUUGCAAAAUGCGUUCUUCGUCGAUUACGCGACGUUGUAAUGCUAUACCAACAUCUUGCCAAUGUGGCAAAAGAGAUCCUGUCUCUCUGGCACGUUGGACACAUCCCGAAAUUACAUUGGCCGCAUUCAGCGCACACAACAGUUGCGGAUUUAUGCGCUGAAUAGCCUAUGAUCCGUAGCGCUCACACAACAUGUUGCCGUAGCGGACGCCAUGUUUUGUAGCGAAAAUUUUGAUGCUACCUAGACGCAACAGUUGUGAAUUAACGGUAUACACUGGUAUACAUAACCUGUCAGUAUACAUCUGACACAGUUAACAUCGUGUGUUCGUGAGAGACGAGAGACAAAAAAACUUGAAGUGCUUAUAAUAUAUAUUGCAAAAUGGAUAAUAAUCUAUACUAUGAAAAUCAAUAUACGUAUAACGGACUUAAUUAUAACAUUAUAGAUGCAUUGGAGGUGCACGAAAAAUUGCAGAAUGACAACGUUUUCUUUCAAUCCUAUAUGAAAAGUAAUUUAGGUUGUCUGGAAGUUACUGGUGCUAUUGAUAACAACACUUCGGAAAGUAAUGAACACAACACGUCAAUUACAGUGGACGCAAACAACACAUUUCAUUCAGCAAUAGAGGAAGACAAACAACAAUGGACAGUAAAAGCGACAAAAUUAUUAUUAGAAUUAUACAAAGAAAGAAAAGAAAAAUUUCGUGAUCCUAAAGUAAAAAACAGAAACCUGUGGACAGAUAUAGUUCAUGAAAUGAAUAAAAAAGGUUACAAGCGUUUAAAUGAAGAUAUAUUAGACCGAAAGUUGCGUAACCUGAAGAAGACUUUCAGGACGAUCAAAGAUAAUAAUAGAAAGAAUUCAACUGGACGGGGACGGAUAAGGUGGGAAUAUUACGACAUUUUUGAAGACUUAUACUCUGAAGAUCAAACAAUAAAUUUUGGACCAACAAUCUCUUCGAUGGAUCCUGCUAUAACACAGUUUUCAUCAUGUGCUUCACCAUCUACGUCAACAAUUCUAUCUCCUACAGCAAUAUCCACUUCGACAUCUUCCGUAUCUUUUUCGACAAGAAUUGAUUCUGUACCAACAACACCAAAUCAACUAUCGCAUAUAAGAACACCAUCUCCCGCAUUAACAAGGUAUCAUACACAUGAUUACUUCUCCGAUUUUGGCAAUUACUCUUGUUUUCCUUUUACGCAUAUUUCAUUAGAUUUAUUCAAAUCAACGUUCAAAGGACAUUCGUUUUUCGAAGAAAGUAUUACAAAUUCCUCUUCAAAUUCUUCCUUCACAAAUUCCAAUUACUCUUCUUCUAGUGCAACAGAAGAUUCCUGUACCCAAUCUGAAUCUGCUUUCGGAUCUUUUUCAAAUUCUGCAGAUCAUAAUAUUCAAUCCACUAAAUAAAAACGAAAACAAAAGGCUUCGAAAGAAACUUAUGAUCUUCGCAAAAAACCACUUUUAAUAGAGGAUGAGAGAGUUAAAAUCAUGACUGAAUUA